AUGGCUGAGGCAGGAUUACCGCCUGGAUGGGCAAUUCGUGUUUCUAACACCUAUAAUAGGGAAUAUUUUUUAAAUCAAGCAACAAAAGAAUCUUCUUGGGAACCCCCUUUUGGAAGUGAUAAUGACAAAUUGAAAGAGUAUUUGGCGAGGUUUAAAGCACAGGGAAAUAAACCUGUUAUACCGGCAGAUGGUAAAAUAAGGGCCUCGCACAUUUUGAUAAAGCACAACCAAUCUAGGAAGCCCAAAUCUUGGAAGUCUCCUGAAGGUAUUUCGAGAAGUAGAGAUGAGGCGAUUCAAAAUAUCAAGAAAUUGCAGACUAAAAUAUUAGAUGGUGAAGCAAAAUUGAACGACCUCGCUAUAACAGAGAGUGACGAUCUGUCUCACUCACAAGGUGGUGACCUUGGAUUCUUCGGAAAGGGUCAAAUGCAGCCGUCGUUUGAGGAAGCAGCUUUUAGUUUGAAUGUUGGAGAAAUCAGUGACCUCGUCGAAAGCGAUAGUGGGAUUCAUUUGAUUCAGAGAACUGCAUAA